AUGGGUGCAUACCUUUCGCAGCCGAUCACGGACAAGGAUGUGUUCCAAGGCGCUGGCGCGGGUGCCUGCUACGCGGGGUGCGCCAUGCAGGGGUGGCGCAAGCGGAUGGAGGAUGCGCACGUGGCGACGAGCAGCGAGUCUGCACCGGACGUUUCCGUGUUCGGCGUCUUCGACGGGCACGGCGGCUGCGAGGUGGCCCGAUUCUGCCAGCGCCACUUCGCGGCCACGCUAGAGGGCACGGAGGGCUUCCCUGACGAUCUGGAGAGCGCGUUGGCGGGGGCGUUCCACCGCAUGGACGACAUGCUGCGCGACUGCGCGCACCACGGCGAGCUGGCGUCGCUGCGGAACAGUGGGCAGCCGGGCGCGGAUGCCGCCGAUCGGGACGUCGGUGGCGAUUGCGCGACUGGGGCGGGGGAGGCGACGGCUGGAUGGGAGGGGGAGGGCGGCCGCCGAGGGAGGGGCCACAGGGUGACGCAGUCCGCGCCUUCUGACGCGGCGUUCUGGCAGCUGAACGUGGUGCGGAAGCUGAUGCCGUCACGGGCCGUCGCGGACGAGAACGCGAUGAUGCAGGACGCGGCGGGCUGCCGCGCGAGGGCGGUGGAGGAUUGCCGCGAGCAGGGAUACGAGGGUGGCACGGGCGCGGGGGCCGCGGCCGUCGUGGCCGUCAAGCGCGGGUCCGACUUGUUCGUGGCCAACGCGGGGGACUCGCGGGGGGUGCUCUGUCGGGGAAGUGCAGCGGUGGCGAUGACGCAGGACCACAAGCCGAGCUUGAAGGACGAGAGGGAGCGAAUUGAGGCCGCGGGCGGGUACGUGUCGGCGAUGGGCACUCGCGAGGCCGUGAACGGCAAUCUCGGCGUGUCGCGCGCCAUCGGCGAUUUGAGGUACAAGUCCAACGGCAGGCUGUCGGCGAAGGAGCAGAUCAUCACCGCCGAGCCGGAAGUUCGGCGGUUAGCACUGACGGAUGACGACCGCUUCUUUGUGCUGGCGUGCGACGGCGUUUGGGAGGUGAUGAGCAGUCAGGAGGUGGUGGACUUUGUGGGGCGGCGGCUGGACGAGGGCGGCGCUCUGGAUGAGAUCUGCGGCGAGAUCGUGGACAGCUGCCUGGCGGGGGACCCCAAGGCAACGAAGGGCGUCGGGUGUGUUGGGGCCAUCCCCUUGAAUUCUUUUCAGCAUAAGCAAUUGAACUGCAAGGGAAGGAGGACCAAACGAAUGGGAAAGUGA